GCGAUGGCCUUAUCUCAACCUCAGUUGGUGCCUCCGUAUGGCUGUAUAUUUCAUGUUGGACCCAUCUCGUCCGUGCUUUGAGAGGCGGAUAAUGUUUUUUCUUUUUUUUUUGUUGUUGUGUUGGUUGUCUGGUAUUGUUUCUGCUGAGCUGACACUUUGAAGGUUCCUGAUUGGAUAUGGACUCAUUAUCCAAUAACCUCUUCAUGUGCUGAUACACAAGGGCUACUGAAAAAAAGUUCUUCUUUUCUUCAUUUAUUUCAUCAUUUUUUUGUCUUCUCUCAUUCACAUCAUUCUACAAUCCGAAUUCGAAGACAAACGAACUACGAUGAAGGUCGAUGAGCAAAGAGGUGGGAUACCUCCACUUCCUAAGUCGAUGGAAUCGCUAAGUGUCUCAAAGCAUGUUGUUAUUGUUGGUUUGGGAAUGGUUGGCUUUGCAUUUUUGGAAAAAAUGCUAGGUGAUGAUACUGCAAAUGAGUACCAUUACACUAUUAUCGGUGAGGAGCCUUACCUUGCCUACAACAGAGUCGGUCUUACCGAGUACUUUGAACACAGAAACUUUGACAACUUGUUACUCUCACCAAAGACGUUUUACGACUCACGUAACAGGGAUCAAUGGGACUUCAAGAUUGAUGAGAGCGUUGUAAAGAUUGACAGGGAAGCAAAGCGUCUGUCUACUUCUAAGGGAAACAAGUACAGUUAUGAUAUCUUGGUUCUUGCAACAGGCUCAUCUGGUCUUCUACCAACGCAUAUGCUCCCAGACCCUGUCAACGGUGGUUCCAAGGAUGAUUUCAAGAACUAUAGAGAUAUGGGCUGCUUCGUAUACAGAACAAUUGAAGAUCUGAACUCCAUGUUGAGCUUUAGCGAAACCAUCACCACAAGCACAAAGAGAGCGAUUGUUGUUGGUGGUGGUCUCCUUGGUCUAGAAGCUGGUAAGGCUCUUUUGGAUAUGGAAACUUUUGAUAAUGUCACUGUUGUCCACAGAUCUAAAUGGUUGCUGUCACAGCAGAUGGAUGAAAAGGGUGGGCUCUUACUGACGGAGAAAGUUCGUGAUCUCGGUGUCACUGCGAGAACUGGAACUACCGUCGACGAGCUCAUCUUUGGCGACGAUGGCAAGAUGAAAGCAGUUAGAUACAAUACUGGAGAAAUUGAAGAAUGCCAACUGCUUUGCUACACCAUUGGUAUCAAGCCAAGAGACGAAGUUGCUAGUGAAGCUGGGCUUGUUUGUUCCAAAAGAGGAGGUAUAGCUAUUGAUAACUUCAUGGCUACAUCUGAUCCAAACAUCUACGCUAUUGGUGAGUGUGCCUCAUGGAAUGACAAGACGUUUGGUCUCAUAGCACCAGGAGUCACAAUGGCGGAUAUUCUGUGCUUCAACUUGAUCCAGGCCAAAUUCCACUCACCAAAGGAAUUCUCUGAGCCGGAUGUUGGUACCAGACUUAAGCUCAUGGGAGUUGACGUUGCGUCAUUUGGUGAUUACUUCGCUGAUAGAAACGGUCCAAAGUGGGUUCCAAGGGGCUAUGAGCUUAAAGUGAAGUCACUUGUCUAUGAGAACCCAAUUGAGAGUGUUUACACUAAGCUCAUCUUCACCUCUGAUGGUAAGUAUUUGCUUGGUGGUGUGUUAGUUGGUAACACAUCACAGUUCACCAAGUACACCUCUAUUGUGAAACAGCGUAAACCGUUGACUAUGCCAGCAUCAGAAUUCAUCUUAGGUAAGACCAGUGACGAUGAGGAUGCCUCCUUGCUCUCCGACGAUACACAGGUCUGUUCAUGUCAGAACGUGACUAAGGGUACAUUGGUGGCAAAGAUUCGUGAUGGUACAUGUACUUCUUUGGGUGAGCUUAAGUCUGUUACGAAAGCUGGUACAUCUUGUGGUGGGUGUGAACCAACAAUGAAGGCUAUCUUUGAAGCUGAGAUGAAGAAGAUGGGAAAGCAGUUGUCCAACGCACUGUGUAUCCAUUUCAAGGAAUCAAGAGCAGAUUUGUUCUCUAUCAUCAUGGUGAAGCAAUACAAAAAGUUCAGUGAGGUUAUGGAACACCACGGUCUGAUUCCAGGCGCCGCUGGUUGUGAGAUUUGCAAGCCAUGUAUUGCAUCUAUUCUCAGUACUCUUCAAGGCCGUCACAUCUUGGAGAAUGAUUUCCAUGGCCUGCAAGAGACUAACGAUAAGUUUUUGGGAAACAUUCAAAGAAACGGAACGUAUUCUGUUGUUCCUAGAAUGUCUGCCGGUGAGGUCACCCCUGAGAAGCUAAUAGCUAUAGGUGAGAUUGCUAAGAAGUACGACUUGUAUACCAAGAUCACCGGUGGUCAAAGAGUUGAUCUUUUUGGAGCUUUGAAGCAAGAUUUACCAAAGAUCUGGGAGGAAUUAUACCAAAAUGGCUUUGAAUCUGGUCAAGCAUAUGGUAAGACUUUGAGAAAUGUCAAGUCAUGUGUUGGAUCCACAUGGUGUCGUUACGGUAUUGGCGAUUCUGUUGGACUGGCUAUCAGAUUGGAGGAACGUUACAAGGGAAUCAGAUCGCCACACAAGAUGAAAGGUGGUGUUUCUGGAUGUGUCAGAGACUGUGCAGAGAUGCAUGCGAAGGACUUUGGUUUAUGUGCAGUCCAAAAUGGAUUCAACGUAUAUGUUGGUGGAAACGGUGGUAUGAAGCCAGCCCACGCGCAACUUCUCAAAACUGAUGUCCCACCAUCUGAAGUUAUUCCCUUGCUGGAUAGAUAUCUGAUGUUUUACUUCAGAACUGCUGAUAAGCUUCAGAGAACUGCGAGAUGGUUGGAAAACCUUGAAGGUGGUAUUGAAUAUGUUAGAGACGUUGUUGUGCAUGAUAAGUUGGGUAUCUGUAAAGAUCUUGAAGAUCAAAUGAAUGAACUUGUUGGUCAUUACUUUGACGAAUGGGCUGCCUCUGUGACAGACAGAAAGCAGGAAGAUGAUAAGAUCUUUGCGCAGUUUGCCAACACAGAUGCAUCACAAGAAACUGUUGAUAUCAUCAGAGAAAGAGGCCAAAGGCGUCCAGCUGAUUGGCCUGUUGAUGAUCAAGUUAAGAGAGAGGAUUUCAAGAAUGUCAAGUGGUCAUCUCUAUCAUGGCGUAAGGUGUGCAAAUCCACAGAUCUUCCAGAGAAGGACGCUGGAUCUUCCACCACUGUUUUGAUAUCUGAUACACAGCUUGCUAUCUUCAGACUAAAGGAAAAACUGUAUGCCUGUCAGAAUAUGUGUGGACAUAAGCGUGCGUUUGUCCUAUCACAGGGUAUUUUGGCAACAGAUGAGAACAACGAGGUGUACGUUUCCUGUCCUCUUCAUAAGAAGAACUAUAUCGUUGACGACAAAUCUGAGCACACGGGCUCUUGUAAGAACGACGCUGCGCAGUCUGUGGCCACCUUUGAAAUCAAGGAAGAAGAUGGCGAUAUUUAUUUGAAGCUUCCGCCAGAGUCAGAGCUUGAUGAAGUCCUCGGCACUUCCAGAUGGAAAGUGAAAAGCAGUGAAUCCACCAGUCAUUUUAAGGAGAUUGACGACAAAUUCAAAUUCACAGUUCCUGUCAGGGCCGUUCCAGCUACUGGAAAUGAACUCGACUGGUAGAUAUGCAUAUUACUAUAAAGCUUUAAAUUAUUCUGUUGUUUUAUCCUGUGUAGCAAGCAAUUCAACCUUUUGGUCUGCUUCAAGUCCUGACUGCUAAAUCGAACUUAGACGUGUUAGUGAAACUAGCCAUUGGAGGACACGGGAACCACUCGGUGAAAUGUAUUUGCAAGAGCUGAUGGCUGUCACCGUGCUCAUCACAUAACACUGAAUUGAAUGGCCUAGAUAGCUGUUCCAAUAACAAAAGCAGUGUGCAUAGUGUCUUGAGCAACAGCUUUGCGUAAGAGAUCUUGCAGUGACUGAGACGCACAUGCAUCUACGACGGUGAGCCCAUCCUCAAUUUGUUUAUUCCAAGCAGCAGUACCACC